AUGGAGACUUCAUCACAGCGCCGCAAGGCCUGCGACUUGUGCUUCACCAAGAAGAUCAAGUGCGACAUGCUUAAGCCGGCAUGUUCCAACUGUGUGCUCUACAAGUCGGAAUGCAGAACAACCACAGUCCGUCGUAGGGUUGCGCCGGCCAAAGAGCGCCAGCAGCAACCCAGACAGGAGACGCCUGGAGACCCAAAGAGAGUAGCGGAGCUAGAGAGCCGCCUGGCUAGGAUAGAACUGCAACUGCAACACGCACUCGACGCCAACGUUCGUCUUUCGAGUCAAGUCCCGACUCCUUCACCAUUUGUUACAAACAUAAUCGAGCCUUCGACGGACAAUGGAGAUUCGACAGACAGCGCCGACUUGAGCAGCGCCUUAUCGUGCAGUACAAGCCCGAGCGAAUGCGUAGUGGAACCGGAGAAGCACAAGCUGCCGCCGUUAGAGGAGAUUAUGCCCGUCGUCGAAAUGUUCUUCAACCAGUACAACUCUCUGAUGCCACUCUUUGACCAAGAAACCUUUAUGCGGAUGCUUUCCGACUGGUACUCGCCGUCUUCGCCACAGUCGCCGGCAGUAUGGGCUGCCAUCAACAUUGUCAUCGCGCUGGGGUACCGGUGCGCAUUGAGGGAGCCGGGGAACGUGGAAUCCCUGGCAGACGAUCAGAAAGUGCUGCACCACAUGCGCAACGUGCAGUCAGUCGUGUCCGACUUGGUGACUCGGGAGGAGGACUUGCUGGGAAUCCAGGUUCUCGUGGGUAUGGUCAUCCUCUUCCAGGGAACCAAGGAACCCAAGCCGGCAUCAGUUCUUAUCGGGACGGCCAUCCGGUUGGCUCAUCGCAUGCAGCUCCACGACAAGGAGUCGAUGCGCUUCUUCCCACCAGAGGUCGCCCGCCAGAGAUCGAGGCUCUUUUGGAUGGCAUAUACCAUGGACAAAGACAUCAGCCUGCGAGCCAAGACGCCGUCGUUCCAGCUUGACGCGGACAUUGAUCUGGCGCUUCCGGAGCCGCACCCCGAUGACGGUACUGGCGUCAUGGCAGCAAAGAACGGCAGCAAGUUCAGCUACUUCCGCGCACGAGUGGAGCUCAGCCACAUCGCGGGCAAGGUGUACGACUUGUUGUACAGCACGAGGGCGCGCAAGGUGUCGAAGCAGGAGUCACAGUCGCGGGUGACGAGAUUAGAAGAGAUGCUCGAAAACUGGCAUCGCAACAUCCCGUCCGAGUUCCAGAAGGAGGCGAUGCUCCAAAACAUCGAUGCGCUGCCGGCGGUGCAUAUGUCACUCCUGUACCACAACUACUUUGUGGUGACAAUCAUGACGCACGGCAUCUACUCGCACGACGCAGACUGGGUGCAGAGGAUCAGCUCCUACAGCCGCACGACGAUGCGGGACCUCGACGGCGCAACGGUGGCGGCGUGCAGCGACCAGAAUGCACCGCUGCCAUCCGGGUGGGCCAAGUGCGUCGAGCUGAGCAGAGGGUGCAUGAAGAUGUUUGUCGAGUCGCCCAAGACGGACUGCAGCAUCUGGACCAACUCUUGUGCGCAUUUCUCGGGGCUCAUCAUCCUGCUGGCCAACAUGUUUGUGUACCCAGAACACGAGCAUUUGAUGACCGAUCAGGAUUUGGCCAACCAAGCACUCCACCUAUUUGACAUGAUGCUGGAACUGCUAGACUCGGACGCAUUCCGCAGGCUACACAACGUCAUCCAGGAGCUGUACCGGCGAGCGAUGGCAACGGUGGAGAGAGUAGCGCGGAAGCGAGACGAGGAAGCGGCGGCGGCGGCGGUUGCGGAGGCCAUGAACAGCAGCCUGCCAUUCGGGAUGCAGUUCGAGGAGGACGUGACCUUUUUCGGGAGCGGCGACAUGGCGGGAUUCGAUGGCAUGUUCGCAGGAGGCGCCACAGGUGCCUCGCCGGUGACGCAAGAAUCAGAGACGUCAGACACGAUCGAGGGAAUGCAAGGGGAUGUCAGCCGGGCGGCGUUAUCCAUCGGGUACAGCCAUUACUGA